CGGUGCGGCGCGGCGGGGGCCGGCGGGCAGCCAUGGCCGGGCAGAUGGCAGUGCUGGGUUCAGCUAUUCUGGCUCUCUUGUUAGCUGGCUAUCUAGCACAGCAAUAUUUACCAAUGCCCACACCAAAAGUGAUUGGGAUUGACCUUGGCACAACUUACUGCUCAGUUGGCGUCUUUCUUCCUGGGACGGGGCAGGUGAAGGUUAUUGCAGAUGAAAAUGGGCACAACAGCAUACCAAGUAUAGUAUCCUUCACAGACAGAGAUGUGUAUGUAGGAUAUGAUGGCCUAGAACUGGCAGAUUCAAAUCCUCAGAACACCAUAUAUGAUGCAAAAAGAUUCAUUGGGAAAAUCUUUUCUCCAGAAGAACUGAAGAGUGAAAGUAGCAGGUAUCCCUUUAAGAUUUUCAACAACAACGGAUCCGCUGAAUUUUCUGUGACAACUAAUGAAACCUUUCACGUCACUCCAGAGUAUAUUGGUGCUCAGCUGCUACUGAAACUGAAGAGAAUGGCAGAAGACUCUCUUGGCAUGCCCAUUUCAAAGGCGGUCAUCUCUGUGCCAGCAGAGUUUGAUGAAAGGCAGCGGAAUUGUACCAUUAAGGCAGCUAACCUUGCAGGUCUCAACAUUUUGCGAGUAAUUAAUGAACCCACAGCUGCAGCUAUGGCUUAUGGACUCCACAAAGCUGACGUGUUUAAUGUUCUGGUGGUAGAUUUGGGUGGAGGAACUUUGGAUGUGUCUCUGUUGAACAAGCAGGGAGGGAUGUUCCUCACACGAGCCAUGGCAGGUAACAACAAACUUGGAGGACAGGAUUUUAACCAGAGGUUGAUGCUGUAUUUAUAUGAUCAGCUCCAUCAAAUGUAUGGUUCUCUGCCAACAAGAAAAGAAGAAAUACAUCGCCUCAGACAGGCUGUGGAAGCCGUUAAAUUGAACCUGACGGUUCAUGAGGCAGCUACACUAAGGGUGUCAUUGACUUUACCAGAAAGGAGGCUUACAAAAGAAGUUUCAGAAAGUGGAAAAGAGAAGCCUUCACAAAAAACAGAUCUGAAGAAUUUUGGAGACACUCCAAAAGUAGAGAACAACUUUCUCAAAGUCCUGUUUGAAAGAGAAAUCUCCAGGAAGCUAUUUGAGCUCUUAAACGAAGACCUUUUUGAGAAGAUCCUUGUGCCUAUUGAAGAAGUGUUGAAGGAAGGCCACCUAAACAAAGCAGAAGUGGAUGAAAUUGUGUUAGUUGGAGGUUCCACUCGGAUUCCUCAGAUACGCAAAGUUAUUCGGGAUUUCUUUGGAAAGGAGCCUAACACUUCUGUAGAUCCUGAUCUAGCCGUCGUAACAGGCGUAGCUAUCCAAGCAGGAAUUGUUGGUGCUGCUGUUGUACCAGUGUUCCCCACAGAAGGGCAUAUCACCAACUAUUUGUAUCUCCUCUCACCUUAUUUGAAAAGUGCAGUAAUUCUGCCUAUCUUAAAGCCACACCUCAUCUUCCUUUGAAUUUGGCCAACACUGAUUUCACUGUUGCACAUCUACAAAUGUUGUAUGUCUUUCCCCUGGAGUACCCCAAGCUAUGUUAUUCUUGGGCAGAAAGUGUGAGCCAGAAGGGACUGCCUGCAUGAGUCUAAUUCCUAUAGUCCUAGUAAAUGAAAAUUUGCCCAGCUGGUUUGGCUUUUUAGCUUGUAUCUUUGAUUCCAGUUUUGUUAUCCCCACUUUGAAUAUAGAUGGGAAUAUUGUAGCUGUUCUUUGGGAAGGAAGCAGAAUGUGGAACUCAGGAUUUCAGGUAGCACUUUCUUAGGACCUAGGCAAAUAGUUUGCUACUCAGCUACAUAGCAUAUGGAUGAGGAGAAAAAAAAAUAAUGGUCUGAAUAAAAUAAAUUGGUGAGAGUUCUGUUCUCUGGAAAAUUAAAUCAGACUUAAUGGCCAGUUGAAUUCUUUUACCUGUGCAGAACUUUCUACAGUGAAAACACUUGAUUCAGCUAAGACUGGUUUCAACAUCCAUCAACCCAGUCUUAAUCAGGUAAGCUCUAGUAAUGGGUGCUUCCAAGAGUAUUCUUGUAUUCUCCAGAAUAAUGUUGUUCCUAUUCAGCUUGCCAAGAUAAUAUGUGGAUCUUAGAUUUAUUGUUUAACCUAUGACUAUAUUAAAGUAGGCUUAUUACUCUCCUGGCAGUAGGCCUGAUUUAUGGUACUGCAAUAAAUCAGUUGUGCUGAUUCAGCUGUUUGCAUAGCUGUUGUCUAAACAUAUCUUUGAAGUAAUCCAAUUAAAAAACUCUUAAAUUAAAUCAUAGCUGCACACAACCAUACAAUCAGCUUUGUUUAAUUUCACAGAGGAUUCCCAAAAUACUGCUAACAUCUGUUUAAUUUCCCUGAAUUGAAAACCAAAGUGAUCUUUAUUAUUUGAGGGCUUGUUUUUUCUCUCUGUACUUCUUUGAAAGUGACCCUAUCUAGGUCUGUAUGGAACUUCCAGUAAUUAAACUCCUGUGCUGAAAGAAGUGCCUCUUCAGUGAACUCAUGGGUGAAUGCCAAUAUACAGUACCAUUCUUGCAGUUGCUAUUUGGGGCCUUUGCUUUGCACAUGUAUGUAUUUAAUUCAACAUAUAUUCCAGUGUCUUUGUGUCAUUGUGGCCUUUUACCCUGCUGUAAAUUCAUCUCAAACCUACUAGAGUUACAGUAAAUAUUCAUCUUUUUUUUUUUUUUGGUAUAAAAGUACAACUACAUCACAGUAAAGCUGAACUAUUAAAAGCUUUUUGCAAUUUUGGGACAAGUUAAGAAGGUGUGGGAUUAACUUGAAAUUGUUAACCUCUCAGUGCAAAUAAAUGAAGUACUUUUUUUCUUUCAUGUAGUCUUAUACUGUGGAGAAGUUAAAUCUCCUUCAGUGUUAUUCUGGGAAUUGUAAGGGAAGGGUGAGUUGUUUACUUGUGUAUAUAUAAAAAAAAAAGACAAAAGGUAUUUAUUCAGAUUGUUACAAAGAUAUUUUUUUUAGUAGAGAAGUUACUAUACAUUGGCUAUUCCACAAUACAUCCUUAUUUAUUAAAUAACUUUUCUGAAUUCUGCAUUCCAAGUUAUUUAUUUUUUGUCUUUUAAUACUGUGUUUUGGCAGAAACCACUGAAUUUUAAAGAUUAGUCUACUAAGUUGGUAUUUCCAGGUAUGUAAAUGUACUGCUUACAAAGGUCUCUUUAAACAAAUUGAUAUUCAAAGACUGAAAUCUUUCUAUAAACAAUCCUUGAAAUCUUGAGUAUGGUUGGCCGUGGUGCUGAGUGUGUAACAAAUCUGUAUGUCUAAAGCUUGUUUUGCCAGUUGAAAUUCAGAAAGUAUAAGAUGCCUCACAUUGUACGUUCCUGAAUUGCUUCCAAGUGCAGAUGGUAAAAUGCAUUUUAUAACAACCUUUCAGAAUGUUUCUAAUAAAAGCAAUUUCUGUUCCUUGGA